AUGGUGUGCCAAGCAGCGAGCCAGACGAAGUUUAGGGCACUUAAACAUGAGAAUGGAAUUGCUGGAAGAACAACAAUUAUUGUUAGAGUUAUAGCAUGCUUUCAACCUUUACAGAAUUGCCAGGCUGAAUAUUUCCGACACUUGCUGAAACCCUUAAAAGCUCUGAGUGGAUUAAUACGACCCGUUAUAACCUGGUUUCUCUCUUGGCUGGAUGUUUACAGUCAAGGACUCUCAAACGUCUCGGCAGUUAUCUGCCCCUAA